AUGGAGACCCAGAGAGACAACCUCCCCUGGGGACGCUGGUCACUGUUGCUACUGCUGCUGGGCCUGGCAGUGCCUCCAGCCACUGCCCAGGUCCUCAGCUACAAUGAGGCUGUGCUCGCUGCCGUGGACGGCUACAACCAGCGGUCCUCGGAAGCUAAUCUCUACCGCCUGCUGGAGCUGGACCCGCAGAGGCCUGAUGCAGACGACAACCCCAGCACCCCGAAGCCGGUGAGCUUCACAGUGCAGGAGACCCUGUGCCCCAGGACGACGCAGCUGCCGCCGGAGCAGUGUGAAUUCAAGGAGAACGGGCUGGUGAAACAGUGUGCGGGGACAGUCACCCUGGACCAGGCCAGUGGCUACUUUGACAUCAACUGUGCGGAGGUUCAGGGUGUCGGACUGGGUGACACGGAGCAGGUGGCUUUCAGGCUUGGCAGUCCAGAUGGAGCAUUUGCCAGAUUUCCCAGAUUUCCCAGAUUUCCCAGGUUGCCCAGGUUGCCCAGGUUGCCCAGGUUGCCCAGACUGCCCAGAUUUCCCCGACCGGGGUGAUUCUUGUGCCCUAGGGCCAAGGGUCUGUUUUGCCCUGGGUCCAACUCUGGACUCUGAAAAAUAAAU